ACUCAACACAAGGAAGGCAGAGAGAGAGACAGGGUGGAGGGAGGCGGAGCACCGAGUUUAUUACCCAACACUGACUAAGUGCUCGGUCCGGUUGUCUGAGCGUUUGUCAAGGCAGCAGCAGAUGCGCCGUCCAGGCUGGUUUAAGUCCUCUAAGAAGCCACUAGUCCAAUUAACGCAGAGGAGGCGGAAAUCCACGCAUGUCGGCUAUUCAACUCACUUACUGCUCUUCUGCUCGAUGAUGGAAAUGAACACCGCUCAGAGAUAUGACAACGACCUGAUCCUAAAGCCCGCCAUCACCAAACAAGUUGGAGCGACUCAGAGUCAUCACGGGGAUGCUGGUGUAUUUUAAGCAGUUGUAGGUGACAUAAUAAGAAGCCUUUUUUAAGCUCCUGGAGAGUGCCUGCCGUAGGCCUUCUGCACGCGCGUCAUUUGGCGACGCUACGGAGUUUCCUCGCGCUGUUUGUGAAGGAGGCUCGUGAACAUGGAGACAUUCACUGAUGUGCUGCUCGUCACUGCAAAUGUCGGGUCACUCUUUGACAAUGUGGGUGAAAUUCAAAAUGACUGGUUACAAGAAUUAUACAAGACCAUUCACAGCUACAAUCCACAGUUCAUCGCCCUGCACUUCCAGGAAGUUGGAGGGAAGGACUACAUGGCCAACAUGGGCUAUGCUGAAAACUUCUUUUGGAGCAUUGAGUCCAGUGAGGAAAUGAAGGAUUAUGACAGGGUCUGCAUCUAUGUGGACAAUCAUUUCCAAGCAGAGGAAAGCUUCACGGCUCUGGGCAGCAUGUACUUCAUCCACAAGACACUGGAAAACAUCCACCAGUAUGAUUUUAAAGCUCAAGAUUUCAAAGCAGUGUCGGGGCAGAACAAACACGUGGGCUCUUUGGAUGGUGUCACCACAGUGGAAAAAGAAAAAUUCCCAAAGAAUUUCUGGCCUGAUUUCAAGUGGUCCAGGAAGGGCUUCAUGAGGACCCGCUGGAUCAUACACAACCAAGCUCUGGACCUGGUCAAUGUCCACCUGUUCCACGAUGCCUCCAACCUCAUUGCCUGCAACUCCAGUCCAUCUAUUUACUCAGCCAAUCGCAAAAAUGCUCUCACAUAUGUCAUCAACAGGAUAUCAGACAGCCGAUUCACUCCUCAGCCUUUCUUCUUGUUUGGAGAUUUUAAUUUCCGCCUGGAUGCGCUGAGUCUGGUACAGCAUCUAUCCACUUCGGCAGAAAUUCAGACAGUGAAGAAAGACAGCAGUAACGAAGUGGAGAGGAUCAUCUGCGAAGAAAAAGACAACGACCAUCAGGUGUUGCUCCACAUUGAGGACAAGCUUUUUGCCUACAUGCACCAGGCAGUUUUCAGGGAGGACAACGGCAGAGCGCUUUUGAAAUAUGACAAAGAAGUUGCAGCCUUUCAUGAUGUAGUUGGAGAAGAGGAAAUCAAGUUUCCACCCAGUUACCCCUACAGUGAAGAAAACACUAAACCAACCCAGUACAUGAACACUCGCUGUCCUGCCUGGUGUGAUCGUAUCCUCAUGUCACACGCUGCCCAACCAUUCAUCCACAGGAGAGAUGAUGAUGAUGAGAAGACGGUCAAUUACAACACAGUGGGUCCUAACAUCUGCAUGGGAGACCAUAAGCCUGUUUUCCUGUUCUUCUCCCUGAAGACAAAUGAACAUUGACAGGUAUUUCCCUCAGUGGUGAGUGCAUGUGCCAGAGAGUGAGAUUCUAUAGUGUAUAGGAUGCAGAGUUUUCUGUAGUAAUUCCAGAGGGGGAGAUUCAGCGUGUUAGAGUGAUCACAGUAAUCUUACACUGCUCCCCUGAGAGUCAUAACCACGGCUGGCCCAUUGGAGCCGGGAUAUGAACUAAGAUGAAGUGCCUGCGGGACACAAGAACUCCUUUGUGUCCAGUGUAGACGCACCACAGGCGAUCAGCACCUUUCACUGAUCUAUGUCUAUUGAAUCCUCUCCACUGCCACCGUGGAUACUUGCACUAAGUGCACCUCAGGCCCGCUCUUCAUUAAUUACCAUCCUGAUGAUCGGCCAGAGAGACAUGAAUUUACCGGACAGCAUAUUGGCAUUUUUACGGCCACGAUUUUGUUUAGCUGCUGUUUAAAUGUACUUUUUUAAGGAUGGACUGCUUUUUCAUGAGGGUCCUGCAAAAUGAUGAGAGCAACACAAUAAAGGGACUCCAAAGAUGCUAUGACCAGCUUUCUUGUAAUCUGGUGUCGCUUCCAGGAAAUUCUAAAUUCUGAUAUCUGGAACCUUCUGCCCGAGGAGAUCAGGUCUGCUGAGUCAGUGAGCUCUUUUAAAUCCCUUUUAAAACAUACUUAUCGCAGAGCCCUCCCGGAUUUUAUCUGAAUUUUAUUUGACUUUAUUUUAUUGUAACCAUCUUAAGAAAUAUAUUUUAAAAUAAUUUUAUUCCUUUAGAGUUCUUUUAGGGGAAUUUUAUGUCUUUUAAAAUGUGUUUUAUUUCUGUAUCUUGACUUGUGUGUUUUUAUGAUCUGCUUGUUUUAUUUUGCUGCCCAUGUAAAGCACUUUGUAACCUGGUUUUGAAAGGUGCUCUACCAAUAAAAUUAUUAUUAUUAUUAUAUCCUGAAACUAAGUGGUACAUAGUUAUUUGUAAUUACAAAAGAUUGGUUAACUUCAGCUAUGAAAGGCGGUGUCCUUGUGUGCUCGGAAUGCAAGUUUGUAUGUCUUCUAAUUGCCUUUAGCGUUCUAUUAGUAGUGCCUGGUAAUUUAUAUAAUGAGUGUCAUAAUGUUCCACAACCACAGUAUCAUUCUUUCGCUUUCGCUUCUGAUGGCAUAUACUGUAAAAGGUGUGUCUAUGUUUGUGUCCGUGCAUGUCUACUGCAGGUCUAUAACCACGCCAUCCUCAGAGCCCUGCCACAGUAUCAGCACCAGAGGGUAAUUAGCAGGGUGAUCACCCAUCCCAACUCACCCAUUAGCCAGCUGUGAACCUGGACGUAGGAAGAACCCCGUUCUCAAAUCAUGUCUCACAUCUGAUCCCAGAGUAACAUGAUGAUGACCACCAUCAAUGAUAUAAGCACAGAUUCUCUCUUUGUAGACGUGAACAUUUUGUCACAGGAACAAAUACUGAUGUUUGGACUGCAGCUUCUGAUUGGACCAGGCUCUAUUCAUGGUUGCAACUGUUGAACAAUUUAGAUGCUGUCCUUUAAGACAGUGUUAUAAAACACAUCAUGCAAUUUAGUUGCCCUGUAAAUAGUUUUAAACCGCUCCAGUCUGCCAGGAGAAAUUGAACUAGUUUGCUUUUACACACUUUUAAAAAUCAGUUAAAUCAGCUAAUCAGAAUCCAGCGUUGGGAAGCUGUUGCAUGAAUAGAAAAUUAGCGUUAAAAUGAGUGACAGUCUGUGUUAAAACUUAAUAAUAAAUUAGCAUCAAUUGAUUUUUUUUAACUUGGAGCCUCCUCCUCACACCAGCUUCAACUUGAUCACGUUUCUUUUUUUUAAACACAUUUUGAUUCGUCCAUCUCAGGAUUGCAAUAUCACAAUGGCAGAGAAAUUACACUAGACUGUUUACAAGACAUUUGAACGCAACAACUCAACAACUACAGCAGUCUAGUCUGCGUCUGUAUGCCGUGGUGAGAGCUGAAUAAUGUGUGUAAAAUAGCAGCAGUGUUUCACCCUGAUCAAUAAAGUAGCAGUCUUUGAUUUGUUUCUUCAUGAACCGUCCGUACAUUAAUACCAAGUGCUUUACUCCGGAAGAUUAACCCAGCAGUUUUGUGGUUUUCUGUAUUGUAUCUGUCGUCACUCAGAGACGGUUAUCUGUUUAUCUGUUUCUUUGAUGUCUUUGCAGAAAUCUCUCCGUUCUUAUCCUGGUUGGCAUCAACCUUAUUUCAUUGCCAAAAUCAUGACAAUGUUGGCUGUACAUGUUUACUUCUAACUGUAGUAAAAACGUUUGGAUGUGUCUGUCACGUGGCCUCUCUUGAACUUGAUAGAGAUAUGUAUUCAGUUAUCACGCACAUGUGUGUGCACCUGCACAUGUAUCACACGAUACAGAGGGCACUGUUUUUGUUUGGAUGUCUUUGAUUAAACCUCAUUUUGUUUUUUUGAUAAAUAGUUUUCUACGGUAGCAGCAGUAAUAUAAGUCUGAUGUCUGUUAAGAGUUAGCUGUUUUUAGAUCUGGCUUUAUUAAUGACUAAAUGAAAGAAUUUUAAACAUUUUAGUGAUUGGUGUCCUCCAUCCAUCCACCGUGAAGGAUUGUAGUGAGUGGCUGAUGUGUGUGUUUCCUUUUUCUGUGAAAACAUCUUCUGUUUUACUGUUUUGGUGGAACACAGCACACACGAUUUUACAUUUGGACUGUCAGUCAUGUUUGUUCAGUGGAAUCCUACAUUCUCCAUAACAAGAUUAAGUUACAGAUCAUGUCUGUUCAGUCUGAGAACAGUUCUCUGUUGACCCGUCAUGAGUGGAGCUUGUUAGAUGCCAGUAUUACCUUUAGAUUAACUCUGGUCAAACACUACAUUAUUAUGAUAUUUCUCUUUUUGUGAAUAAAACGUCACCCACAUAAA